AUGGAUCAGAUGCAGUGGAUCAUGCCUCCGCCGGUGGACCAGAUCAAGUUCUCGACUGCGUAUCGCACGUUCUGCAACCAGAAGGCCAUUCAGCAUGACAAGCGGUUGAUGGAGAUUGACCAUCGACCGGUCGACCUCUAUCGUCUGCAUUAUGAGGUUAUGCGAGAAGGUGGUCGGGAACAGGUGACGCAGAAAGAGUUGUGGCCCGUCAUCGGUGGACGCCUGGGCUUUGUCGCGUUCCCCGGAAAUGGGCAUGAGCCCGCGAAAUGUGCACCAGGAGCAGCUCAAGGCCUGCAGGCCUGCUAUGACACGUACCUGCUCGAGUUCGAGCGAGCGUACUUCCGCACGUGGAACCAGAACAGGUUACGUAACGGCGCGCAAGGUCUACAACAGCGUCCGGGCAUGGCCGCGAACGGUCAACCGGUGAGGCCGGCUCAGCGGCCCGCAGAUGCAGCGACGAUGCAGCUCAUGCUGCAGCACGCGCACUCAACCGUGCAGCAGAUGCGCGCUGCCGGCUUGCAGGAGGAGCUCAUCGCGCUCAUCGAACGGCACCGUACCCAGCUGCAGCAGAGCGAGCAGCAGCGGGCGCAAUUCCGGAAGGGACUCAGUGGCCAAGGCAUGCCCCAACAGCCUAACCCCCCUAUCCUCGUUGGGUCUCAGCAGCCACCGUUUGGGCAGCCGUCGCGCGAGAACGGUCCGGCGGGGAUACCCCAACAGCAGCAGCAAGCAUUCGGGAUGUCUCGGCAGAUGAACGAGCAGCAAGGGCAACAACCGUUUGUUCAUCCCGGACAGCAUGGCCAUCAGCAGCAACAGCAGCAGCAACAGCAGCCUCCGCAGAUGCCGCAGCGCCAAGCGAUCAUGCCGCCGACGCAGGUUCAAGUGCAGAACGCGGUCAAGAUCGUGCAGAAGUUCAAGCAGGAUUUCAUCGCUAAUCGGGAUCCGGCUAGGGUCCAGACGCUGAUGCUACCGGACGAGCAGAGACUGGAGUAUAAUCAAGCGUUUGAGCAGCUCCUCCGCAUUGCUAGCGACCUGGACCCCAAACUGCCGUGGAUCGCUGUCAUUCUAAAGGACGAGAGCACUCUCCGCAAGCUGGUUGUUAUUACUCUCCUUGCCCAACAACAGAAGGUCUUGAUGUCCUCUGCGACGCCGAAGUACAUCAUCGACCUCAACACCGUGAAGUCGAUGAUAUCACAGGCUCAGACUGCUAAAGAGGUCUUUAACAACCUCUUGGCUUUGACUCAAGCAGGUCAACACGCGCAGCAGCAACAGCAGCAGCAGCAGCAGCAACAACAACAGCAGCAGCAGCAGCAACAACAACAGCAGCAGCAACAGCAGCACGCCAUGCAACCACCAGUUCUCCACGGGAUGAUCCCGCCCCAAGGACGACCGAUGAUACCUAGUCCGCAAAGGCCGGCAUCAGCUCAGCAAGGCAUUCAGCAGCAGCAGCCUCCGCAGAUCCAGCCACAACCACCGCAGGCUGUGCUUCAACGGUCAUCACAGGCGCCGAUGAACCCACCGGCCCCCGCGCAAAAGAAAACGGCGACGCCCCUCCCGCCGAAUCUCACCGUCGCCUCCGUGCGCACGCCACCCUCCACCGCUGCAUCUACUUCGACUCCCGGCCCCAGCGUAUCGACGCCGACGCCCGCUCCGCCGGCUACCCCGAAGUCACCAGCUAACAAGGCCAAGGCCACUCCCAAGCCGAAAGCUGCGUCUGUUCCCAAGCGCAAGCCGUCCGUCGCUAGCAAGAAUGAGAAGCCCGUCGCGGUGCAGCCCGCCGAACCCGCUCCGAAGGUCAUGCCCUCCCCCGAGCCGUCGACGUCGCUCAAGCGGCAGCGCGAGGACGAUAGUCUCGCGGUACCAGCGGGAGCACCCGAUGUGCCCUCGCCGAAGCGACCCAAGACUGAGUCGGAGUGGGAUGGCCAGCCUCAUCCGACGGUCGUGGAGAGGCAGAGGCAGGUUGAUGCCGUCGAGACCCCCGAAGAUGCGGUAGCGUUCUUCGAGCAGUUCUCGAAGAUGGUUGGCGAUGGGCAGGACACGGCUAUAGCCGAAACGCUGGAGCAGAUCUUGAAGGCGUGCGAUCCAUCGGGACUGGCAGACGGUCUGCCCUCAACGUCGGCAUCCCUUUUAGAUGAUGGGCCCCGUGUUGGAGACGCCGCCGGUUCCAACAGCAACCCGGAAGAGUUCCUGCAGUUCAUCGACUUCUCCUCCUUUCCCGGACGCGGCAUGGACGACGACGUAGCUCCCACUCCGGAGCUGGUUCCUUCAUCCUCCACCAACCCCAGUCCCGCGUCUGAUACCGAUCACGCAUCUGGGUCGCGCUCGACAGGGACGACACCCGUCUUCAAGCCGGCUGUCGUCGAGAACCCGAAGCCUGCCCUCGACGAGACAUCGGAUCCGCUACGGCUAGGAGCCUGGGCCGAGAUUGACGGCGGCGAAUCGGCUUACUACUCCGCAUUCGACGGUUGGAAAUGGGAUGGUCCGAUGGCUUCAGCGGAUCAGCCCUGGGGUUUCUCAUAG